CCGGUUAUCUCGUCCGAUCUGAGCGACUCCACCGGGAACGGCGGCUGCUGAAACUUACCACAUCUCCGGGUGCGCGCUGCUUCGUGACACACCUCUCCAUCAGCGUGCGGAUGGAUAGUUCGAAUAGGAAGCGCAAGCGGGUCUUGACCCUGCCGCCCUCCAGCAAUGGCUGCAUCACCUGCAGGUCGAGGAGAGUCAAGUGUGAUGAGACGCGGCCGUUUUGUCGUCGAUGUGUGCAGGCACGGCGGACAUGCAAGGGCUACGCCGCAGCCUGGCCAGCCGCGAAUGCGCCGCCCGAGCCUGCCGAAGAGGUAUGCACCGCCGCUGUUCCGGCUGACUCUCCUGCGUAUGUACAUGGCCACUGACAUGCUCGGAUCAGACCCGCCUCGUUCAGCAGCUAGAGGCACAAGUUGUCCCCGUAAGCAAAUGGAAAAGCGAACGCGCUU